GUCCACAUUCUGUGUAUAAAAUCUUGCAGCACGCAACAACUCUUCAUCGUCUUUCCUUCUCUGUUUUUUGCUUCUUCAAUUUGCAUUUUUAUUUUUCUCUAACAGUUAAAUAUUUGCACCUUUGUGUACAUUAGGUUUUCCCCUUCUUCGUCAAUGUUUUCUUCCCAGACAAGUUGCGUUCUUUCCCAAGAUAUGAUCUUGGAAAUUUUGUCUUGGCUUCCGGUGAAGGAUCUCCUGCGAUUCAAGUGCGUUUCAAAAGGGUGGAACCAACUUGUCUCUGAUCCUGCAUUUGUGAAACUUCACCUUCAAAGGUCCUCAAAAAACACUCACAUGUUAUUAACCUUUUCAGAUUCCCUUAGCUAUAGAACAAGACAUUUUGCCAUCGUUUGUCCUAUACAAGAUUUACUUGAAAACCCAUCAUCCACCCUCGAAACUUUACAUCACAAAUAUCUCCCCUUCAACCGCAAUUACAAUGUUUUGGGUUCCUGCAACGGCUUGGUGUGCUUACAAGAUUCUAGUAUUGACGAUGAAUUUGAAGAAUGCUGGUUUCGGAUGGGGAAUCCCGCAACAAGGGUGAUGAGUAAUGAGUCCCCACAUAUUCGUAUCAAUCGCAGCCAUUAUGAAUAUCCUUUCUGGUUAGUGUAUGGGUUUGGGUACGAUGAAUGGAGUGACACUUACCAAGUUGUGUUAUUGGAUAACAACAAGAAUAAAUCACAGAAACUGGAGGUAAAAGUUUGUUCUUUAGGGGAUAAUUGUUGGAGAAAUACUUUAACUUGUGAUGCUGUUCCGUUUCUAAUUGGGCGUAGGCUUCGUGGAAUUUGUGGUUCUUUCGUGAGUGGUACUUUAAACUGGUUAGCAUAUCCGAAAUCCCGCGCUGGUGAUGAUGAACGAGGAGGAACUAAAAUGAAUGAGUUAGAAAUAUUUUCUUACGAUCUAAAGAAGGAGAUUUGUAGCUAUUUCUGUAUGCCUGAUGAGAUUUUAGAAGUUAGUCCUGUUGGGGCUGCGCUUGAGGUUUUGAAUGGUUGUCUGUGUCUUUCUCAUUAUCAUGAGAAUGAUUUUGUUGUGUGGAUGAAGAGGGACUUUAAGGAUGAAAAAUCUUGGUCAAAGUUGCUGAAUUGUAAGAAUUAUCCUUCGAGUUGUUGCUGCUGUCCUCGUUACAUGGACAUCAUUUGUAUGCGUGAGAAUGAUGAUGUCGUGCUGAUUGCAGACGCAGGUUUCGAAUCAGCAUUUAUUUGGUGUAACAUCAGAGACAAUAGAAUGGAGGGUAGUGAAAUUUACAACGAUGACAAAUUUAAUCUUUCCUCUUAUGAUUAUGUUCAUAGCUUGGUUUUGCCGUAUAAGAUUUAAGUACCUUUAUGUUUUUUUUAAUUGAUGCUCUUGAUUAUUAAGGCUACGGAGGUUCCUAAGUAUGCUGUGAAUGGGUUGUGCUAGCUUGGUUCUACCUUGUCAAGCUAAGGA